UGAGCAUUCGUAAAACAGACUGUCAAAAACUGUAUGCAUUUAUAAGAUUGAAUUUCUUCAUCUGAAUAAUACUAUUUAAUAGUUUUGUAAGCAUGGAGAAUUAUUGAAUAGAUUUCUACUUGAUAAAAGCCUGGAGGGAAGGUUAUAGCUACGUGCAAUAAAUUACCAGUGGUAUGUGAACUUAUAGAGGUAUUUGUGUUCAUUCCGUUCAUUAGAACUGACUGGAUCAAACCUGAGAGGAAAUGAGUUGUUUAAUCUAAACUUGUAACCUGACCAAUUUAACAGCAAAAUCAUCAACAUCAGCCUUUUGUUGAUAUUGGAGUAAGCCAGAUCGUGCUAUUGGUUCUUCACUUCAGACGGACAUCGGUCUAUUUGUGAAUGCGGGGAAGAACGACAUGUUUCAGUGAACUGUUUCUGAUAACCGACCCACUGGCCAGUGGAAAUGGCAGAGGACAAGACUUUUUCCUACAGUCUUAUUGUCCUGGGAUUCUUCCUAAUAAUGGUUGGAAUGUUCAUUAUGAAUGUGGAUAAGCCUGGAGUCUAUGGUACCUUCUGUUCCAUUGGGAUCGUGAUGAUCACUGGGGGGAUUAUCUGGGCCAUUUGUCUGUGUUAUCCACAGAUUCAGUUUGCCCCGGCUGUCUCACCAGAAACCAAGCUCUUGUUCCCAAAGCAUCAACUUCCAGCCUCAGUGUUGGAAAGUGAAGUACCUCUGAAAACAAGCUCCUGUGAACAGGCUACACAGUAUGAGCAAACUCUUCAUAACUACGAGAAGGACCACUUAACAGUAAGCAGUGAGCUGCCAGAUGUGCAUGCCCCUCUUACCUCACUCCAACCUGAACAGUUGGACGGAGAGGGUCACUCAUCCCUGAAGGCAGAAGUUCUGGUCCACAAAGACUCUGGGAAUGAAGGAGAAACGUGCUCCAGCUGGAAUGACAUAACAGUUUUUGAUGGAAAAAAGGCAGGAGGGUACAUAAUAGCUCCACUUGCCACCUUCCAAGAGGACAGUGGAAUGGUCAGCUCCUCUCCCUCGAACAACUUGUCCCUCCUCGGCUACAAGUCAUCUUGUUCUAGAAGCGAAGGACAGAGCCACCCAAUUCAGAGUGAAAGUGCCACCAGUGACAGCUGGAGUCUGCGUACCCAGCCAGCUGCCAGCGUCUCUGGGAGUAACCAGAGAGAUGUCACAAGCACUGAGCGAUCAACAUCCGACGAGAGUCAGAAAAGAGGCGGCCAUAUGGAAGAUGAAAUGUUUUAUGGGAUAUGUGAUGAAAGGAAUCAUAUUUUUGAAGAAUCUGAACAAGAAGUAUAUUACACUGAAAUUCCCAUGUAAAGUACACACUUGCUUCUGUUAUUUAUUAAUUCUUGAAGUUCCCUUCAAGAAUAUCCCCUCCACCUGAAAAUGUAAGAAAUUGCAGGGAUUUUUUCAGAACACCUUCAGAAUUCUCCAUUGGUGAUACACAUUAUAACGUUACAUUUCGCAAUAAGAAUUUGCCUUGCAAAAUGUUGAUGUGUGCAAUUUGCUGGCUGAUCUGGUUCAUAUUUAAGCCUGAAGUUCUUUCUUUACUAAUUGAUAGGGCUAAAUAUUGAAAAACAAUAAUAAUAACCCUAGUUAGCAUCCCUGAACUGCAGCAAAGGCUAAUUCAAGUGUUAAUUAAAAUAAACUGGUGAAAUUGAAGUUCUUUAAAACCUUUUUACAGCUCAAGGUCUGAUAGGAGCAGUAUCUGAAUGUGUUGAACUGAGUGACUUGCCACUUCAGAUGGCAUUUAGUCCAUGGCACAAAGGAGCCGAAUUAGGCCUUUCAGGCCAUCAAAUUUGUUCCGCCAUUCCAUCAUGUCUAAUUUAUUUUCUCUCUCAAACCCAUUCUCCUGCCUUCUCCCCAUAAACUCUGACAUCCUAACUAAGCAAGAAUCUAUCAGUCCUCUUUAGAUAUUCUCAAAGUCUUGGCCUUCACAGCAUCUGCGGCAAUGAAUUCCACAGAUACAUUACACUCUGGCUAAAGAAAUUCCUCCACAUCUCUGAUCUAAAUGGAUCUCCCUAUAUUCUGAGGCAGAAGCUCCUGAUCCAAAACUUGCCCAUUAUAGGAAACAUAUUCACUCUAUCUAGGUCUUUCAAUAUUCAAUGAGUUUCAGUGAGACUCCCCCUAUUCUUCACUCUUCAUGCAUUAACUCUUUUACCUGGAGUAAUUCUCGUAACCCUUUCCAAUGGCAGCACAUAAUUUCUUAGAUAAAGGGGCCAAAUCUGCUCACAAUACUCCAGGGGUGCAGUCUAACCAAUGCCUUAUGAAGUCUCAGCAUUACUUCUUUGCUGUUAUUGUAUAUUAGACCAUAAGACACAGGAGUAGCAUUAGGCCAUUCAGCCCAUCAAGUCUGCUCCAACAUUUGAACAUGGUGAAUACAUUUCCCCCUCAACCCCUUUCUUGUGCCUAGACUUACCUUCCAUGCCCUGGCUUAUCAAAAAUCUAUCAAACUCUGCCUUAAAACACUCAAUGACCGAGGCUUCACAGUUGCCUGUGGCAACAAAAUUCCACAGACUCGAAGAAAUUCCUCCUCAUCUCUGUUCUAAAUGGAUGUCCCUUUAUUCUGAGGUUGUGCCCUCUUGUCCUGGACUCCCCCACAGGAGAAAACAUCUUCUCCACAUCAACUUUUGUCUUGGCCUUUCAACAUUCGAAAGGCUUCAAUGAGGACCCCCCCCCCCCCACCCUUUUCAUUUCCGGAAUCAUUUUCGUGAACCUCCUUUGAACCCUCUCCAAUGUCAGCACAUCCUUUCUGAGAGAAGGAGCCCAAAACUACUCAAAUUACUCCAAGUGAGGCCUCACUGGUGCCUUAUUGCCAUACCUCAGCAUUACAUCCUUGUUUUUAUAUUCUUUUCCACUCUGUGAAUGCUAACAGUGCAUUUGCCUUCCUGACCACUGACUCUACCUGCAAGUUAACCUUUAGGGAAUCCUACAUGAGAACUCCUAAGUCUCUCUGCACCUCAGAUCUUUUAAUGUUCUCCCUGUUUAGAAAAUUGUCUACGCUUUUAUUCCUUUGCCAAAGUGCAUGACCAUACACUUCUAGGCACAGUAUUCCAUCUCUGUCCAUUUUCUUAAUCUGUUUAAGUCUUUCUGUGUCCUCCUUGCUCCCUCAACAUUAACUGCUUCUCUCCCUAUCCUUGUAUCAUUUGCAAACUUGGCUACAAAGCCAUCAAUUCUGUCAUCUAAAGCAUUGACAUGCAACUUCAAAAGAAGCGGUCCCAAAUCUGACCCCUGCAGGACACCAGUAGUCACUGGCAGACAAUCAGAAAAGGCUCUCUAUUCCCACUCGCUGCCUCCUGCCAAGUAGCCAAUGCCCUAUCCAGGCUAGUAUAUUUCAGACCCUGGGCUUUUAUCUUUCUAAGUAGCCUCAUGUGUAUCACCUUGUCAAAGCGCUUUUGAAAAUCCAAAUACGCGACAUCCACCAAUUCUCUUUUGUUUGUCCUGCUUAUUAUUGCUUCAACGAAUUCCAACAGAUUUAUCAGGCAAGAUUUUUCCUUAAGGAAACCAUACUGAAUUUGGCCCGUUUUAUCAUGUGCCUCCAAGUACCUCAAAACCUCGUCCUUAGUAAUCGGCUCCAACUGGCCUAUAAUUUGCUUUCUUCUGCCUCUCUCCCUUCUUGAAGAGUGUAGAGACACUUGCGAUUUUCAUUCUGGAGGAAUGCCAAAAUCUUGUGAUUCUUGAAAGACUAUUACUAAAGGCUCUUCAACUACUUCUUUCAGAACCUUUGUGCAUAGACCAAUGGGUCCAGGGGACUUAUCUACCUUCAUACCUUUCAGCUUCCCAAGCACCGAUCCCUAGUAAUUGCGACUGUACUCGUUUCUGCCCAGUGACACACUUGAAUGCUUGACAUCUUCCACAGUGAAGACUGAUGCAAAAUACUUACUCAGUUCAUCCACAAUUUCUUUGUCCCCCAUUACUACUUCUCCAGUGUCAUUGUCCAGCAGUUCAAUAUCUACUCUCGCCUCUCUUUUACUCUUCAUAUAUCUGAAAAAAACUUUUGCUAUCCUCUUUAAUAUUAUUGGUUAGCUUUUCUUCUUAUUUCAUCUUUUCAUUCCUUAUAGCCUUUUCAGUUGCCUUCUGUUGGUUUGUAAAAGCUUCCCAAUCCUUUAACUUACACUAAUUUUUGCUCUGUUAUAUGCCCUCUCUUUUUAAUUUUAUUUUGGCUUAGACUUCCCCUGUCAGCCACAAUGGUGUCAUCAUCCUUUAGAAUACUUCCUCUUCUUCUUUGGGAUAUAUCUAUCCUGCAAUUCUAGCCGCUGCUGCUCUGCCAUCAUCGCUGCUAGUGUUCCCUUCUAAUCAACUUUGUCAGCUCCUCUCUCAUGCUUCUGUAAUUCCCUUUACUCCACUGUAAUACUGAUACAUCUGACUUUAGAUCCUUCCUCUCAAAUUUCAGGGUAAAGUCCAUCAUAUUAUGACCACUGGCUCCUAACGGUUUCUUUACCUUAAGCUCCCUAAUCAUAUCUGGUUCAUUACAUAAAAUCUAAUCUAGAGUUGCUGAUCUCUGUAGUGGGCUCAACCACAAACUGCUCUAAAAAGCCAUCUCGUUGUCAUUUUACAAAUUUUGUCUCUUGGAAUGCAAAAUCAGCAGCAGCCUGGUUUUUCCAAUCUACUUGCAUAUUGAAACCACCCCCCCCCCAAUUGCCCUUUUGCCAUGCAUUUUUUAUCUCUAGUUGUAAUUUGUAGCCCACAUCCUGGCUACUGUUUGGAGGCCAGUAUAUAACUCCCAUCAGGGUCUUUUUACCCUUGCAAUUCCUUAACUCUACCAACAACGAUUCUAUGUCUAUGGGCCCUCUGUCACCUCUUUCUAAGGAUAUGAUUUAAUUUUUUUACCAACAGAGUUACACCACCCCCAUUGCUGACCUGCCUGCUUUCAAUACAAUGUGUAUCCUUGGAUGUUAAACUUCCAACUAUCAUCUUCUUUCAACUGCAACUCAGUGAUACCCACUACAUCAUACCUGCCAAUCUCUAACUGUGCUACAAGAUUAUUUACCUAAUUUUGUAUUCAGCUUAUAUUCCAGUAUAAAACCUUCGGUCCUGUGUACGUCACCCUUUUUGAUUUUGUUCCCCUGUUACACUGCAAAUCAUUCUGCCAACUGCAAUUUUGCCAUAUCUGCCUGUCAUUCCCAACAGUCUCUCUCCACACUGCUCCUGCUUGUAUACCAACUGCCCCACCCUCAGCCCCAUCACUCAGUUUCCCAUCCCCUGCCAAACGAGUUUAAACCCUCCCCAGCAGUUCUAGUAACCAGCCCACAAGGAUAUUGGUCCCCCUUGGGUUCAGGUGUAAUGCGUCCCUUUUGUACAGGUCAUAUUUUACCCAGAAGAGAUCCCAAUGAUCCAGAAAUCUGAAACUCUGCACCAGUUCCUCAGCCACACAUUCAUCUGCCACAUCAUCCUAUUUUUACCCUCACUGGCAUGUGGCACAGGCAGCAAUCCAGAGAUACUCACCCUGGAGGUCCUGCUUUUCAGCUUUCUGCCUGUAUUCUCUCUUCAGGACCUCCUCCCUUUUCCUACCUAUGUCAAUGGUGCCAAAAUGUACCAGGACUUCUGGCUGCUCACCCUGCCUCUUUCGAAUGCUGUGGACCCGAUUCAAGACACCCCUGACCCUGGCACCUGGGAGGCAACAUAUCAACUAGGUGUCUCUGUCAUGUCCACAGGAUCUUGUGUCUACUCCUCUAACUAUUACAUCCUCUAUCAUUACUGCAGUCCUCUUCUCCCCUCUUCCCUUCUGAGCCACAGCACCAGACUUAGACCAGAGACCCAGUUGCUACGGCUUCCCCAGUGGUUGCUCCUCCCCAACCAGAAGUAUCCAAAACGGUACACUUAUUAUUGAGGGGGUCGACGGCGGGGGUGCUCUGCAUUUGCCGCCCAUUUCCUGACAGUCACCAGGUACCCAUCUCCUGCAGCUUCAGGAUUAUCAACUCCACGUAGCUCCUCCUCAGUUUCCUUUAAGAACCAAAGGUCAUCAAACUGCAGCUCCAGUUCCUUAACAUGUUCUUUGAGGAGCUGCAGCUGAUGUGGUUAUCCAGGAGACUGGAGUUCUCUCAGAAUUCCCACAAUUCACACAAUGAACACAACACAAGCCCCUAGAGGCAUUCUCUUUGCAGUAACUAUACAUUAACGCGGGAAGAAUGAAGAAGGAAGAACUUACCAGAUACUUACCUUCUUACUGAAGCCUGAUGAGCCAAAGCCUCCCCACUCCAACACUGGUCCACUCACACAACGGCCGCUCCACUUGUCCCUGCCUUAUUUUUAUUUUUCCUGGCUGAUGAAUCACAAUUUGAUUGGGCCACUGGGAAAUGCCGGAAGUCCAUGAAUACCCCUUUGUAAAUCUCUCUCACUGAACUGUCAGUAGCUUCUCUCUCGUUCCUGAUAUGACGGGGCCACCAGAACGAUGCUGAAAUCCUGAGAAUGCUCCUUUUAUAAGUCUCACUCACAGACCUGUGAGUUGUCUCCCCUCUCGUUCCCAACUCGACUGGACUGCCAGAAAAAUUCUAGGCCUCUCAAAUUGAAUGCUAGCAUUGCAUUUGCCUUCUUUAUCAAUGACUCAACCUGUAAGUUAACAUAAGGAAAUUCUGCACAAGGACUCCCAGGUCCCUUUGCAUCUUUGAUUUUUAAUUUACGGAUAAUCCACGUUUCUGGGUCAGGAGUCUUCUGUAGGCCAGACCAGACAAGGGUGGCAAAUUUCCUCACCUGAUGGUAAUUGAAAUGGGCUUUUAUGAUAAUCUGAAAGUUUUUGAGGUUAUCAUUACCAAUGCCCUUUUUACCAUUUCUUCCAUCAUAACUACAGAAAUGGUGAUCUUUGGUCUUGAAAUUAUUAUUUGAUCACUUUGCAAUUUGUAGAUAAACAUUAAACAAUGAACAGCCAUAUUCCUCUCUUUUCCCCUGGGAGGUCAUAGAAAAUUCCUCCUUUUUUAUUGCCACCAAUACAAGGCCACAGGGGAAUAUUUUGUGCUUCCUGUCUCAAUUUUAUGAUUAAAAAACCAGAAUAUAUUGGAAAUGCUCUGCAGGUCUGGCAGCAUCGAUGGGGAGAGAAACACACUUAAUAUUUGAGGUCAAUUACCCUCCUUCAAAAAUUAAAAAUGUAUAUAUAUAUGAACUUGCAGAAAGGUGGUGUUGGUGGUGGACUGGUUUUGGGGGGUUUGAAGAGAAUAAAGGGAACCUCUCUCAUUGGGAAAAAAAUUGGGAACAGAUGAGGGUUUCCCACUAGAGGGCGCUAAAGGACAAUUAAUGGCAACAAAUCAGAAUCAGGUUUAUUUCGAAUUAGAAUCAUAAAUAAGGUGUAAAAGGAGAGUAAACAGAAGUGUGAAUAAAUUAUCCUGUUGGAACUGUGAGGUAUAGAACACAGCAGUUGCUAAAAAUCUGUUAGCUUUAACAUCAACCGCUGGGAAAAUGUUAGGAAAAUGUUACAGCAGAGUAUGGGGAAAAAUUCAAGGCAAUCAGACUUAUGGCUUUGUGAAGGGAAAUCGUGUUUAACCCAUUUAUUUGAGUACUUUCAGAUACAAUGAGUACUGUGUCACAGGGAUCAGUGCUGGGGCCUCAAUGUUCUAUAUAAAUGACUGCUAGGUUGCUGAUGACAUAAAGAUAGAUUGUGUGGGAGUAGGGAGGAAAUAUGUAUUCCUUCCAACACUCUUGACUCGACGACUGAGUAGCCUACUCUAGCUCCAAAGUCAUAUAGGUCAUUCCGAACUCGGUUUCUCUAUCCACACAUGCUGCCAGACCUUCUGAGUAUCUCUACAGUUUGUUUUAUUUCAGAUUUCAUACACUUGCAGCUGUUUGGUACCAAUUCUAUCCCAGUCCCAAUUUGCCUUAAGGUCACAAGUUGUUGGAAUUGAAAAACCCCAACUUUUUAAAAAAAAAAUUCUUUCUAUUACUUAAGUAUAGCUGUUGUUCUGUUACAAUUAGUAUAACAUGUUCUAUUUUGAUUGGAACUGAAUGAAGAGAAAAUAAAGUCAUCUAAGCCAAUUAAUACUUCUAGAGAGUUAUAUUAAACAAGCUGGAAACACCGGCUUAUUAAAAUCAAAUGGUUCAUUGGAAGAGUGUGACAUUAUGCAAAUAAAAUGCAUUUCAAAUAUUCUUCACUUUA